AGUUUAUCGUUAAUUCUGAUAUGUUCUGGUACUUGUGUUCGCCACAAUAUUAACCGGGUAUUGAGAAAACGGGUAUCCUAAACUGUUGUUAUGGUGCUUUGACAGUUCUGUUCUGUCCAAACAAAUAUGAAAUGUCAGUGCCUAAUGUUUUGACGCGGAAUUUGAAAUUUAGCAAUUUGUCAUCCUCAUAAUAUUUCUUACCAGUUGAACAGCUCAAACAUACCCUGUAUUAGCUCGAAUAUAUCUAACCGACGCCAUUUGGGAAAUGAUUAUUGCGUGAUAACAAAUGCCCACACAAAAAAAUUGUCAAUUUUAAUAGCGAUCAACUGGACAGGUGAUUGCCAAAAGCUAUUGCCUGUGGAGAUGCCGCGUAAAGUUAUCAAGAUAACAUCUCUUACCAGCCGGGGUGCUUUCCAAAAUAUGUUUACAAUAGCAAUGAACUUAUUAAAAAAGUUGCCAUUCAAAUGCAGUGUUAGUUCUGUGCAAGGAAAGGAUGUAAAGCAAUACGGGAAGCAACACAUGUUUGACUCGGUGGCGGAAACCUCGUGGAAUUCAAGCGAAGGCACUCCCCAAUGGGUAAUAAUACGUUUUGAAGAGCCACAGGCGGUCAGUAAGUUUUCAUUCCAGUUUCAGGGAGGUUUCGCUGCGAAAACCCUGUCAAUCCACGCGGAAACGGAAGACGGUAAACAAAUUUUGGAGGAGGCAUUCUAUCCAGAAGAUAUAAAUUCCACCCAAUCAUUUAUAUUAAAUCAGCCUAUAGAGAGCAAAGAAGCCGUAAAAAUUAAGUUUUUAUUUCCUUCAAGUACAGACUUUUUUGGUAGAAUAAUACUGUAUGAACUUGAAAUAUUCGAAUAAAGCGAACGAUUUUAACCAUGGUAGACGUGGA